AUGACCAAGUACUCUUUGCCAAAACAGGGUAUCUCCAGAGAAGUCCUCGAGACGGACCUGCCUAUUUACCUGGGCCGUGAUGCUCGAGUGUUGGAAAGCCACCAAGACCGAUAUGUGAUUGAAGCUUCGCAACCCCCUCCAAGUGCUACUGCGACAGUCGAACCCACAGAGACCGACAGCAUUCCUUUAGCGGCGGCAGUGUUGUGCCUCGUCAUCAUUCGACAAGGUAUGACUCUCAUGGGUCAAUGUCUGCCAAUGCGUAUGCUACACCAGCGGUUGCGAUUCCUCAGAGACCUGUCCUGCCGCAAAGGAACAGCUCCAACAGCGGUUCGGCGAUGGAGUCAGUCGCUGGCUCUCCAAGUUCUACCUUCGGAAGUCCUCCCUGGCAGAACAGUCGAAGCUAUUCGUACUCCACCAGCUAUUCGAGUUCCAGACGUCCCUCAGAUGCGAUGGCAUCUUUGGACGAACGGGUUCGAACUCGGACUGACUCUGUCUCGAGCGAAUCGAGCGAAUAUGGAAUCGACGGCGUCUUCGGUUGCAGCAGGGAUACCGACGACAACAGAAAUAUAUCUGUACCGAGGCGAGACCAUCAAUCGUCUCGCUCCUACAAAAACAGAAGAAGGUAAAGUCGAACAGCGAUACUGA